AUGGCUAAACCAAAGGUCCUUAUCGUUGGAGCUGGAGGUGUUGGAACAAUUUGUGCUUUGGGGUUGACUUUGAAUGAUCUUUCGGACGUAACAUUGGUAGUUAGAUCAGAUUACGAUUAUGUGAAAGAGCACGGGUAUACCAUCAAUUCUGUUACUUAUGGGAACAUUGAACACUGGAGGCCAAAUCAUAUUUCUAGAACAGUAACAGAAGCAUUUAAGAGUCAAGGAGAGUUCGAUUAUAUUGUAUUGACAACUAAGAAUAUUCCUGACGGUCCAAUUACCUGCGAAGAAAUUAUUGAACCAGCUGUAACGGAUAAGACAACAAUUAUCUUGGUUCAGAAUGGCUAUGGAAUUGAGGUACCUAUGAUCAAGCGAUUUCCCAAAAACCUUAUUUUGAGCGGUGUUUCUUUAAUUGGGUCUUCAAAUAUCAAGUGUGUAAUUGAAAAUUUACAUAAAGAUCAAAUUUAUAUUGGACUUUUUAAGAACCAAAAUGUUGAUCCUGAAAUUGGUAAGAGCAGAAUCAAAGAUUUUAUUGAAAUUUAUCAAAGUAAGGAUGAUAAAAACAAGGUCAUGAUCGAUGAUGAUGUCGAGAAGAGAAGAUGGGAGAAAUUGAUAUACAACGCAGUGUUUAAUACGACGACAAGUCUAGUCAACUUAGAUAUUAAUAGGUGUCAAAUGAAUAACGCAAAUGACACAGUUUUCAGGCCCGCUAUGAAAGAAAUAGUGGCGAUUGCAGCCAGUGAAGGUGUAGAAAUUGCAUCGCUGACAUUGGAGUUAUUUCUUCAUAUUGGAGAUGGCUUGUUUUAUUCUCCGUCCAUGUGCGUUGACAUGAGAAAGAAUCAACUUUUAGAAUUAGAAGUCAUAUUGGGUAAUCCAUUAAGGGUAGCAGAGAGAAAUGGAGUCCCAACCCCAUGCCUUAGUCUCUUGUACAGCUUGUUGAAGAUGGUUCAGUUUAGGAUCAAAGAAGAAAGAGGCUUAAUUAAAAUCGAUAAAUCUAAAUUUACUGGAAAUUCUGACGAAUUCCCUCGUAUAUUAGCUGAGACCAAUAAAUAG